CACUCACCUAGUCACCUACCUUCACCUGAAACUGCUACUGUUCAAUACCGUUUGAAGCGAAGGGAAGAUGACAGUUGUUCAAUUUCAGUCUCAUUUCCUUCAUUUCUCUUCAUCUUCUUCGAGGUCGACCUUACCCUUCCCAACAACAAUUCACAAAUUCAAUCCUUCUUCUUCUUCUUCUUCUUCUACACCACCACCACCAGUUUCAGGUGUUAGAACUAGAAAUAUCUGUUUCAACAAAAAUGCUGCUAAACCAAACCUCAUUCUCUGCUCUGCCAAAAGGCAGGAGGAGUUAGAGUCUGAUACUGGUGUUGUCAAGGACAACAGUGUGUCGGUUGUGCUCUUGGCUGGAGGGAAGGGCAAGAGGAUGGGAGCUAGCAUGCCAAAGCAGUAUCUUCCCCUUUUGGGUCAACCCAUUGCUUUGUACAGUUUCUUCACUUUCUGUCACAUGCUUCAAGUCAAAGAAGUCAUUGUUGUAUGCGAUCCUUCAUACCAAGACAUUUUUCAAGAUGCCAAAGGAAAUUACCAAGCGGAACUUAAAUUUGCACUGCCCGGGAAAGAAAGACAGGAUUCUGUUUACAAUGGGUUACAGGCUGUUGAUUCAAAUUCUGAGCUUGUUUGCAUUCAUGAUUCUGCAAGACCUUUGGUAUUAUCAGGAGAUGUGAAAAAGGUCCUUAAAGAUGGACUGUUAAACGGAGCUGCUGUUCUUGGUGUCCCUGUGAAGGCCACAAUCAAAGAGGCAAACAGUGAAUCAUUUGUGGUUAGAACACUGGACAGGAAAACACUAUGGGAGAUGCAGACUCCACAGGUUAUCAAGCCUGAGUUGCUGAGGAAAGGCUUUGAGCUUGUAAAUAGAGAAGGUCUUGAAGUUACAGAUGAUGUAUCCAUUGUAGAGCACCUUAAGCAUCCUGUUUAUAUCACUGAAGGGUCUUAUACCAAUAUCAAGGUGACUACGCCUGAUGACUUGUUACUGGCAGAGAAAAUCCUGCAUGAAAACUCUGGAGAAACUUCAUGAAGUUCUGCCAUUUAAUCUUUGAAGGGAGAUUAAUUUUUGUACUGCAAGGUGCAUGCAUCUCAGGGCACAGAAAAUUGUAUACACAUUUUUGAGUUACCUUGUAUAACUUAUUGAGAUUUGUGUAAAAAUACAUGGUUCUUGCCUUUUUUUUGGCCAAAACAGUCCUUGCUUGAAACAAGGGAAAUGUUUCUGCAUGGAAGCAAGAACCCACUUCUAUCACCAAAGCCUGGUUCAAUUGGAUGAUAAUCAUGGGAUUAUGACCAGGUUUGGCAAACACAAUAAAGGAUUAGAUUUUUCUAGUGUUUUAAA